GGCCCGGGUGGGGGUUCUGAGCCGGGGCCUGGGGGAGGGAUGAGUCGGUUGCCUGAGUGACGGGAGAAGCUUCUAGCUAGGACGUUUCCCUAGAAGCGCUGCCUGGCCACUCCGCGCCUCGCCAGGCCUGAGGGAGCCAUCUUGUCCCCCUGUCACCGUUUUGUAUCGCGUCUCCAUCGGUGUCGGUGUGUCUGUGUUGCCAUUGUCUGGCAGGUUUCUUUUUUGUUUGUUUGUCUUUCUGUCUGUGCCUGCCCGGGCCUUAGCCUCCAUCCUCGGCUGCCCCGCCCUCCCUGCCCCGGGCCCUGGGAGAGCUCGGGAAGGCCGCGCGGUGCUGGCGGGACGGAGUGACCUUCCGGCCCCGAGUCCCCGGAUUUUUUGAGUGGCAGGAAGCCACAGCGAAUGGGCAAGCCGGUACCGAGUGACGCGCGGGAAAAGGCGGAGUUCGAGGCCGGUGGCGGCGGUGGCGACAGCGACAAUCUGGGGAUAGAGCUGGAGGGACCCGGGGAGCGUGCAGAGAUCUCUCACUGGAGCGCGAGGGACCUCCCGCCGAGAUGCCCGGGGAGCAGAUGGACCCUACUGGAAGUCAGCUGGAUUCAGAUUUCUCUCAGCAAGACACUCCUUGCCUGAUCAUUGAAGAUUCCCAGCCUGAAAGCCAGGUUCUAGAAGAUGAUUCUGGUUCUCACUUCAGUGUGCUCUCUCGACACCUUCCCAAUUUGCAGACACACAAAGAGAACCCUGUGUUGGAUGUUGUGUCCAACCCUGAACAAUCAGCUGGAGAACAAGGAGACGGUAAAAGUGGGCUCAAUGAACAUCUGAAAGAAGACAAAGCUGCAGACCCUAUGGAUUCUUCUCAUUUGGAUACAUGUGGUUCCAUGAGUCAGGUCAUUGAACAGUUGCCUCAGCCAAACAGGACAAGCAGUUCUUUGGGACGGUCAGUGGAACCUGCUCCUCCUGUGGGGGAAGAGAAGGAAGAAGUGGAAGACAAGGAGAAGGGGGAAAAGGAAGAAGAUUCUCUGGAUGUUGCCACACAUUCCCUUGAUGCUGAAGAUCCUGCCUCAUCACAGUUGGGCUUUGGGGUUCUGGAACUCUCCCAGAGCCAGGAUGUUGAGGAAAAUACUGUGCCAUAUGAAGUAGACAGAGAGCCUCUGCAGUCAGUAACCACCAACUCUGGUUAUACGAGGCUGCCUGAUGUGGAUGCUGAUCUGGCAAUUAAGCAUGAAGAGCAGACCAAUGAAGAUACCUCCAUGGCAGAACAGCCCAGCAAGGAUGUCCCUGUGGUAGCACAACCCAGUAAGGACAUACAUGUGAUACAAGAGCAAAAUCCAUCAACUGCAAGGUCUGAGGACACGCCUCCUAGUCCCAAAGUAUCGCUUAUUGCUAUGGAAACAAAAGAACAAACAUCUGCUCAAGAAAUUCUGGAAGGUGGACUGCAGAUUCCGAAGUCACCAGAGCCUGAGGUUUUGUCAACUCAGGAAGACUUGUUUGACCAGAACAAUAAAACAGUAGUUUCUGAUGGCUGCUCUACUCCUCCAAGGGAAGAAGGUGGGUGCUCUCCGGCCUCCACACCGGCCACCACGCUGCAGCUCCUGCAGCUCUCCGGCCAGAGGUCCCUGGUGCAGGAGAGCCUUUCCUCGAAUUCCUCAGAUCUUGUUGGUCCUUCCCCUGAUGCUUUCCGAUCUACCCCAUUUAUUGUUCCUAGCAGUCCCACAGAGCAAGAAAGAAAAAAAGAUGAGCCAAUGGAUAUGUCAGUGUUAUCUGAAGAAGGAAGAGAGUCUUUUCAGAAGAAACUUAAAGAUGAUGAACCAGUGGAGAUAGAAAACCUCCCUUUCCCACCUGAGCCCACUAUUUCACCACAAGCCUCAACACCAGUGUCUCAGAGCACACCAGUCUUCACUCCUGGGUCACUUCCUAUCCCAUCCCAGCCUGAGUUUUCUCAUGACAUUUUCAUUCCAUCUCCAAGUUUGGAAGAACAAUCAAAUGAUGGAAAGAAAGGUGGAGAUUUGCAUAGUUCUUCUUUGACUGUUGAGUGUUCUAAAACUUCGGAGACUGAACCAAAGAAUUCCACUGAAGAUCUUGGGCUUUCUUUGACAGGGGAUUCUUGUAAGUUGAUGCUUUCUGCAAGUGAGUAUAGUCAGUCCCCAAAGAUGGAGAGUUUGAGUUCUCACGGGAUUGAUGAAGAUGGAGAAAACACCCAGAUUGAGGAUACCGAACCCAUGUCUCCAGUUCUCAAUUCUAAACUUGUUCCUGCUGAAAAUAAUAGUAUCCUGAUGAAUCCAGCAAAAGAUGGACAAAUAGAAGUGAAUCAGAAUGCUGAUGGAACAAAAGUGGAUGACACAGAAACCAGAGACGACAUUAGUAUUUUAGCUGCUGGUAGCAAAGGCAGAGAAGAGACUGUAGCAGAAGACGUUUGUAUUGACCUCACUUGUGAUUCAGGGAGUCAGGCAGUUCCUUCUCCAGCUACUCGAUCUGAGGCACUCUCCAGUGUGCUAGAUCAGGAGGAAGCUAUGGAAAUUAAAGAACAUCAGCCAGAAGAGGCGUCCUCAGGGUCUGAGGUGGAAGAAAUUCCUGAGACUCCUUGUGAAAGUCAAGGAGAGGAGCUAAAAGAAGAAAGUAUGGAGAGUGUCCCAUUACACCUUUCUCUGACUGAAACUCAGUCCCAAGGGUUGUGUCUUUCAAAAGAAACCCCAAAACAAGAAUGUCAGGAACCUAUGGAAGUUGAAACCAGUGUGAUUAGUAUUGAUUCCCCGCAAAAGCUUCCAGUCCUUGACCAAGAAUUGGAACAUAAGGAUCAAGAAGCAUGGGAAGAAGCUACUUCAGAGGAUUCAAGUGUUGUCAUUGUAGAUGUGAAGGAGCCAUCUCCCAGAGUUGAUGUUUCUUCUGAAACUCUAGAAGGAGUGGAGAAAUGCUCAGAUUCCCAGUUGUGGGAGGAUGAUGCUCCAGAAAUAGAACCAUGUGCUGAGAAUAGAGCUGAUACCCAGGAAGAAAAGAGUGCUGAGUAUGAAGGAGAUCUGAAAUCAGUGACUGCAGAAAAGGAACCCAUACAGGCCGACCCUCCACAGCCUCCAGGAACUUCAGUGGGAGAAGGUGAUGUUCCCAAACCUGACCCGCAGGUGCAGCAGACCCAGCCUAAAGAGAAGACAGAUAACUCAUCACCAGAAGACUCCAAAAUGGCUAAUACUCAGCAGCUGGAGAAGGCCUCAGCCCACACCUCACAAAGCUUCUGUGAAAGCUCUAGUGAAACUCCAUUUCAUUUCACUUUGCCUAAAGAAGGUGAUAUUAUCCCACCAUUGACUGGCGCAACUCCACCUCUUGCUGGGCAUCUAAAGCUAGAGCCCAGGAGACACAGUACUCCUAUUGAUAUUAGCAACUAUCCAGAAAGCACGACAGCAGCCAGUGAUGUCAUGUCUGAAAGCGUGGUGGAAACUAAUGACCCCAUCCUUGUGAAUGAAAAAGAAGAUUCUGGGGCUGUCCCAGAAAUGGAUGACAAAUUGUGUCUUAGAAUGAAACUGGUCAGUCCUGAGACAGAGGCGAGUGAAGAAUCUUUGCAGUUUAGUCUGGAAAAGCCCGCAAUUGGUGAAAGAAAAAAUGGAUCUACUGUUGCUGCUGAGGCUGUUGCCAGUCCCCAGAAGACCACGUCUUUGCUUAGCUGUGUCUGUGAGACCCAGCAAGAGGAUGAGGCUCAAAGUCAGGAUCCCUGCUCCACACCCACCAGGGGGAACUUACUCCAUUUUCCAAGCACUGAAGAUGAAGAAGAGAAGGAAGAAUUGGAAGGUGACCAAAGGACUGGGCAGCAUCAACAAACUAUGAAGCCCAGUAGCCCUGCCAAAGACCCUGCGCCUCCUGCCUCCCAGCAGAUGGCCACAAAGGAGCCAUCCAGUCUGCAAGAGGAACCGAUGGAGAUAGAUGUGCUAGACGGACAGAAAGAAGGGUGGAAUACCAAUCAGGAAAAACCUAGUAAGACCUUGAUUGCAAGGCCCAGCCAAAAUAACAUAGGAAUUCAGACCAUAGAGCCUUUCCUAAGGAUCCCAGACACUGUUUCAGCAGCAACCCAGACUGUAAAAAACGUGUGUGAUCAGGGGACCAGUACAGUGGAUGAGAACUCUGGAAAACAGGAUGCCACAGUUCAGACUGAGAAGGGGACUGGUGAGAAACCAACCAGUGCUUCUGGGGAUGACACAGAGUCACUCCAUAGCCAGGGUGAGGAAGAGCUCGAUAUGCCUCAGCCUCCACGUGGCCAUGUCGUGCAUCGGCACAUGAGAACAAUCCACGAGGUUCGCACGCUUGUCACUCGUGUCAUCACAGAUGUGUAUUAUGUGGAUGGAACAGAAGUAGAAAGAAAAGUUACUGAGGAGACUGAAGAGCCAGUUGUAGAGUGUCGGGAGUGUGAAUCUGAAAUUUCCCCUUCAAAGACUGGGGGCUCCUCAGGGGACCUGGGGGAUAUCAGCUCCUUUUCCUCCAAGGCGUCCAGCUUCCUCCGCACCUCCAGUGGGACGAGCCUCUCAGCCAUUCACAGCAGUGGCAGCUCAGGGCGAGGAGCCGGACCUCUCAAAGGGAAAACCAGCGGGACAGAACCCGCAGAUUUUGCCUUGCCCAGCUCCCGAGGAGGCCCAGGAAAACCGAGUCCUAGAAAAGGGGUCAGUCAGACAGGGGCGCCAGUGUGUGAGGAGGAUGGUGAUGCAGGCCUUGGCAUCAGACAGGGAGGGAAGGCUCCAGUCACGCCACGUGGGCGCGGGCGAAGGGGCCGCCCGCCUUCUCGGACCACUGGAACCAGAGAAACAGCAGUGCCCGGCCCCCUGGGCAUAGAGGACAUCUCGCCCAGCAUGUCGCCAGAGGACAAGUCCUUCACCCGGAUCACGCCCCGGGUGCCAGACCCCGCCAAGCGCGCGGACACGGGCGCUGGCGCUCCGCACCGCAGCGACUCUCCGGAGAUCCCCUUCCAGGCCGCGGCCGGUCCCUCCGACGGCGUAGACGCCUCCUCUCCGGGCAAUAGCUUCGUAGGCCUCCGCGUUGUCGCCAAGUGGUCAUCCAAUGGCUACUUUUACUCUGGGAAAAUCACACAAGACGUGGGAGCUGGGAAGUACAAGCUGCUCUUCGAUGAUGGGUACGAGUGUGACGUGUUGGGCAAAGACAUUCUGCUGUGCGACCCCAUCCCGCUGGACACGGAGGUGACAGCGCUCUCGGAGGACGAGUAUUUCAGUGCAGGCGUGGUGAAGGGGCACCGGAAGGAGUCCGGGGAGCUGUACUACAGCAUCGAGAAAGAGGGCCAGAGGAAGUGGUACAAGCGGAUGGCUGUCAUCCUGUCCUUGGAGCAAGGAAACAGACUGCGGGAGCAGUACGGCCUCGGCCCGUACGAGGCGGUGACGCCCCUCACCAAGGCGGCAGACAUCAGCCUCGACAAUCUGGUGGAAGGGAAGCGGAAACGGCGCAGCAACGUCAGCUCGCCCGCCUCCCACACGGCCUCCGGCAGCAGCAGCACGACCCCCACCCGGAAGGUCGCGGAGAGCCCGCGCGCCGCCACCGGAGCCGUCUCCGGCAAAAGGAAACUCAUCCCGUCCGAAGAGGAACGGUCCCCUGCCAAGAGAGGCCGGAAGUCUGCCACUGUGAAACCCGGAGCCGUGGGGGCAGGGGAGCUCGUGAGCCCCUGUGAGAGCGGAGACAACCUGGGGGAGCCCUCUGCCCUGGACGAGCACCGAGGGCCUCUGCCUCUCAACAAGACCUUGUUCCUGGGCUACGCCUUUCUCCUCACCAUGGCCACCACCAGCGACAAGCUGGCCAGUCGCUCCAAGCUGCCCGAUGGUCCUUCCGGAAGCAGCGAGGAAGAGGAAGAAUUUUUAGAAAUCCCUCCUUUCAACAAGCAGUACACAGAAUCCCAGCUUCGAGCCGGAGCUGGCUAUAUUCUUGAAGACUUCAAUGAAGCCCAGUGUAACACGGCUUACCAGUGUCUCCUAAUAGCGGAUCAGCAUUGUCGAACCCGGAAGUACUUCCUGUGCCUUGCCAGUGGGAUUCCUUGUGUGUCUCAUGUCUGGGUCCAUGAUAGUUGCCAUGCCAACCAGCUCCAGAAUUACCGCAAUUAUCUGCUGCCAGCUGGGUACAGCCUUGAGGAGCAGAAAAUUCUGGAUUGGCAACCCCGGGAAAACCCUUUCCAGAACCUGAAGGUCCUCCUGGUUUCAGACCAACAGCAGAACUUCCUGGAGCUCUGGUCUGAGAUCCUCAUGACCGGGGGGGCAGCCUCUGUGAAGCAGCACCAUUCAAGUGCCCACAACAAAGAUAUUGCUUUAGGGGUGUUUGACGUGGUGGUGACGGACCCCUCAUGCCCGGCCUCGGUGUUGAAGUGUGCGGAAGCAUUGCAGCUGCCGGUGGUGUCACAGGAGUGGGUGAUCCAGUGCCUCAUUGUUGGGGAGAAAAUUGGAUUCAAGCAGCAUCCAAAAUACCAACACGAUUAUGUUUCUCACUAAGGAUACUUGGUCUUAUCGGUUUUAUUCCUUGCUGUUGUGGAGACUGUGUUUUAACAAGGUUUUAAAUGUGUCUUGUGUGUAAUUGGACUCUUUGCAUGGAUCUUGUAUAUAGUUUUAUUUGCUGGACUUUUAUGAUAAAAUAAAUGUUGAAUCUCUUUGGUUGUAGUAA